AUGCCGAUGUCGUCGCAGCGCCCGGGCCGCCACCAGCUUCGCGCGUCGCAGAGCGUGUUCGUGCUCCCGGAGAACCUGGCCUCCCUCGACGUCGACGCGGCGGCCGAGGUGGGUGCGAAGGCCGGCGGGCCCGACGGCGCCGGCCCCGGCGCCGAGCAGCAGGCGAGGCCGCCCGCGGGGCGUCACCGCCGCUCCAUGUCCGUGGCCGUGGCCUCCAGGGACCUCGAGCUGAUCAAGGAGGACCUCGGCAGCUACAAGCUCGGCGCUUGA